CGCUUGAAAAUCCUGAACGAAACGAAGUUCUUAUAACCUUUUUGACUGAUUCGUCUUCGUCGUAGAAUGAGCGAACUUUGUAAAAUCAGUUUAAUAGACUGGAGGCCUUCCCCGGUUGUAUCUCUAGCGACCAGCGUUGAUGGUUUGAAGGUCGCCGCCGCCCGUGAAGACGGCUCCUUGGAGAUUUGGCUUGUCUCCCCCGGCUCUGUCGGCUGGCACUGUCAGUUGACUAUUCAUGGAGACCCUAAUGCAAGAGUGUCCUCACUUAUUUGGUGCCCCGGGGGUUCACUCGGUCGAUUAUUCUCAUCUAACAUCGAUGGUUCAGUUUCUAAGUGGGAUCUUUUCCGCUUGGCACAGGAGACUGUGCUUCCUUCAGUUGGCUUCUCAAUCUGGCAGAUGGCAUUAGCACCAUCUAAGAGUAGUUGUAUUAAUACGGAAGCAGAGCCAGAUCCUAUGGGGAAUGGACAUUUAUCUUAUAGUAGGAACAAUGAUUGUGAAGAACAUGAAACCAGUGAAAGCGAUGAAGAUUCUGUCUCACCUAAUUCUCUUAAAGCAAUUGAGCAUCCACGUGUAGCAAUGGGUUGUGAUGAUGGAUGUGUGCGAAUAUAUGCCAUUUCAGACUCAGAUGAUUUCACGCCUACAAAAUCCUUGCCUCGGGUCAGUGGACGAGUUUUAAGUGUGACUUGGAGUACAGACACUAAGUGCGUAUAUUCAGGAAGUAAUAAUGGCUUGAUAAGGUGCUGGGAUGCUACACUGGGGCAUGAAUUGUACAGGAUUACGGCUGGGCUUGGAGGUCUGGGCAGUGGGCCUGAACAUUGUCUUUGGUCAUUACUCUCCUUAAGGUCUGGCACACUGGUUAGUGCAGACAGCAGUGGCAGUGUGCAGUUUUGGGAUGCCCAGCAUGGAACUCUCUUACAAACACAUUCAUUACACAAGGGAGAUGUGAAUGCUCUUGCCGCAUCUCCUACUCAUAACAGAGUGUUCUCUGCUGGCUCUGAUGGCAAGAUUAUCCUGUAUAAGGCGUCCUUUGAGUCAGUGUCAUCCAAGAAUGUUAAGUCAGAAUCAGUGAAGAGGAAAUGGAUCCAUGUUGAUUACGUGAGGGCUCAUACACAUGAUGUCAGGGCCUUGACUGUGGCUGUACCAAUCUAUCAAGAAGCUCACUUGCCAUGUGGGAAAAGGAGAAGGCAUACAAGAAGGGCUCGUUUUAGAGAACAACCGAUUGAUUUUAGUUACAGUAAAUGGGCCCAUUUGGGGGUUCCCAUGCUGAUUUCAGCAGGUGAUGACGCCAAACUUUUUGCAUAUGGUGUGAAGGAGUUCACUAAGUUCUCCCCACAUGAUAUUUGCCCCGCACCACAAAAAACACCCAUUCAACUAGUGCUGAAAACAGUUUUCAAUCAAUCAGCAAUCCUUUUAGUUCAGUCUUCUCAUCGUUUAGAUAUUCUUUCUGUACAACCCAAAAAAAGUGUCUUACCUGAUGUCACACAUCUCACUGCUGGGGGCUUUGCAAAAACUGAUCUGCUUGCUCAAGUUAAGAGCAACUCACCCCGGAAGAUAAUUUGCAGCACCAUCGCUAAUUCAGGUGUGCUAUUUGCGUACUCUGAUAAUGUGAAGCCCAGUCUAUUUGAAUUGAAGAGGUCUGAAGUUUGGAAAAGUACAUGGAGUGUUAACAAAAGGAAACUCCCUCGCAGACUACCUUUUGCUCAUUCUAUGGUUUUUACUCAUGAUUCCUCUCGGUUGAUUGUAGCUGGGCAUGAUCGAAGGAUAUAUGUUGCGGACGUGGGCAGUUCAGGAUUGGUGCAUGUCUUUUCCCCAUCCCGUGCGAUGCAAGAUGAGGAAUUACCUCUUACCGAACCUCCCAUCACAAGAAUGUUUACCAGUUCUGAUGGGCAGUGGCUUGCAUCUGUGAAUUGCUUUGGAGAUAUAUAUGUAUUCAAUCUUGAAACACUAAGGCAGCAUUGGUUCAUUUCUAGAUUGGAUGGUGCCUCUGUUACUGCUGGUGGUUUUCCUCCCAAGAACAACAAUGUAUUCAUAGUUACAACGUCCUCAAAUCAAAUGUAUGCAUUGGAUGUAGAGGCCAAGCAGUUAGGAGAAUGGUCAAUGCGGCAUAGCAUUGUUCUUCCAAGGAGAUUCCAGGAAUUUCCUGGUGAAGUUAUUGGGCUCUCAUUCCCUCCCUCCUCAAAUUCAUCUGUUGUUGUUUACAGUGCCAGGGCAAGGUGUUUAAUUAAUUUUGGGUUGCCAGUGGAGCAAGGUGAUGAUGGUAGAAGGGAUUUUGAAUUUGUUUCAUUUAAGGAUCCUGUUUUAUUUUUAGCACAUUUUCCAGGAAGUUCCUUACUAUUAAUAGACAAGCCCUGGUUGGAAGUGGUUAAAAGUUUAGAAGCCCAGCCUGUCCACAGACAUAUUUUUGGGACAUAACAGCUGCCAUGGGGAUGCAGCAAAAACCUUGCUUUGCUUAUUAUUGGAAAUCAUAGUUAGAGCCACGGACAUGUAAACUUAGCGGGUUAAUUUGUAUGCCUCUGAUCAAUGCAUUUUAUGAUGAAAAAAUUUUCGUUCCAAAAUAGGACAAAAAUUUUGCAACGGAUUUUAGGACUGAAACUGUUGUAAAUUCGUCAGAAAGUUUUUUGCAGUGCCCUGUAUUUGUGUAGCAAUGGCCCAAUAUAAAUUUCAUCAUUCUUUUAGCUUA